AUGCCAUUGAACUGGUCUGACCCACUCGCAGACCGAACGUUUGCGAAGCCUCGAGAGCAAGAUGGACCUGAUGCUUAUUAUCCGCCCUCCCAUCAGGUUGCUGCAGCUGUGGCACCUGUGCCUGAACGGCCUUGGUCUGUUCCACCCGCACAUGAAGCAUCGCCGCAGAGUCCAAGUUCUUACCCUCCGCCAGAGGUACUGAAUGACUUAUUGAUCCAAUACGAGCAGCGUUGCAAUCAUCAGCCCCUGCCGCUGUUUUCACCCGGUUUUGCUUCCCACUUCUCGCGCACAUACGAAUCCCGUGACGACGAACUCGUGAGCGCUCUUCUUGCCACUGCAUUCCGCCUUGUUCACGAGCAUGACCAUGUCAUUGCUGCUGAAGCCUCUGCUACUUAUGCUGCGAGAACUAAUGAUUUGAUCACCAAGCGUUUGAACAACGGUGGAGUCAGUCUGGCAACCAUCCAGGCUCUGUGCUUGCUUUCGUUCUGGGAGUUUACUGGUAAUUCCCCCACCGUCGCCCUUCUAUUUCACCUGCUUAACCUGGUAGCUGGGCAGAAAGAUCGUUCCUGGCUCCAUUUGAAUAUCACCCUCAGUCUUGCACAAGAGUCGGGGCUCACGAAAGAGCCGGAUUGGGACAUCGACUCGCCGGAGCUCGAAGAGCGUCGACGGUGUGCUUGGUCAUUAUAUGUUCUCAGCUGCACGCUCGGACUGGAGCCGCCGCUUCCUGUUUUCACUUGUCGCUUUCCCGGAGCCAUUCGCCCGCAGCGUGACGGUUCGCCGCAAACUUCAACGCAAGACACGGAGAUAAUAUUGGCAAACAGCAUCAAGCUGUACGAAAUUUGGGGCCGAGUGCAGAACUUUGCUGCCCAGUCCGGCGCCGAAGCUGGCAAGAGCCUAUGGACAGGAGAUUCUGAAUACGGCUCCAUAGUCUCCGCAUUGAUGGAUUACGAGUCUCAGUUCCCGGAUGAACAUCGCUUCUCGGAGCAGACCGCUGGCGCAUUCAGCAAUAAUCCGGCAUACUGGGCUCCCUGGUUCUCCAUCCAAUUCAUGUACCACGCCAUACUCUGCGUAUUGAACCAUCCUUUCCUCUUGUCUGUCAGGCUGGAUCCUAUCAAGGACAGCACCCCCCGAACUUUUCGGCAAAGUACCUCGGACCAGGUAAAGCUGCACUCCUACUGGGCCUUCCGUUUCAUCACAGUCGCGAGGGAAUUUGACUACGCUAUAACAGAUCCUUACAUUGCAUACGCUAUCACAGUAGCAGCAACCAUCUUUGACCAUUACCGACUAUCUGGAGAGACUCAGGCCAGGAGAGAUGCGCAAGACAAGUUUAUCAAGUGCAUGGCCUUCGUUCGAAAGGUUGGGAGGAUUUGGCCAAUAGCCGCAAACAUGGCACAAUUGUUGCAAAGCCUCGAGCGGACCACUACUGCCCAAAUCCAAACUGAUACUAACUACUCUCGCGAGAGAAUUGAGAUUCUAUGGACUCUCCUCAGCUACAGCGCCGUGAGCGCGUCAUGCUCUGAGUCCGUACCCUCGCUAUUCAGCGAAUCUCUGCUGCCCCAGCAUGCAAGACGUUCUUCCAAGCUUGUGGACAUGCCUGCGUACCAAUCCAUUCCAGCCUGCCUGCCCUCGCUCAGCCGGGCAACAUCAGGCGCUUUGGAAAUGCAGACUCAGGGCAACCAAGCUCAGCUUACCGCCGACCCGCACGGUGGCUCAAACACACCGCUCGCGCCCGAGAUCCGGCAAUUCGAACAGUCUCUCCAAACUACACUUCUUGACGACGUCUUGGGAGCAUCGUUCGAGUGGUGGGAUCAAGGAAACCUCUGA